AUGGAAGACGAUUUGCAAUCCAAUUUUCAAAGGUUCAGGUUUCAGUAUGGAGGAGAGCUAGGAACGCAGGAUAGUGUCUGUGAUUGUGAAGAUACACUAGAUAUCUUUGAGAGAUUCGUACAGGACCCAUGUAUAGACUCGUGGGAAGACCUGGAUGAAGGUGUCGCCGGGGCUGAUGGCCAGCACAUUGGAAAAGGGCCAACUAAUGAAAGUGAGGACCAAGUGGUACAAUUUGCUAGCGGCGGGGUUCUAAGCACAACGCGCAAGGGCGUUGACCAACAUGGUGAAUAUGGUGAAGGGAAAUCCAGUCCCCCAAAAGCGAGUAUCUGCACCAAGUGCCACAAGCAACGACGGUGGAUAACUGUCAGCGAUGAUGGCCAACAAGACCUGGAUGAACCCGUGCUAAGAUGCUCCCGUGCGAAUAGCAUCAUGUCACAGCUUUCGCGUCAAGCUUCUCGCCAAUCGCUGCCUGGUUCUCCCGAGCCGUUACUAAUCGGUGGCUCUGUGGAGAUAGGGCCCACGGCCGCGAGCUCUAGGUCACGUUCUCGGUCUUCGUUCGGAGCCACGUCUGCUAUUCCGUCGCACCUCUACUGUCUAGAACGCUUUGUGAGUUGUGAGCUAGACUCUGCUGCCGAAAGCUUUUUCCAAAAGGAUCAAAAAAAUCUAAAUCUUUCCUCACCGGCGUCUUCCGGGUCUCCAAGCUCUCCCUCACUAGCUAUGCAUUCUGCCUCCAUGCAUGCAACCGACACGGCAGCCGAUAUCGGCGGUCAUAUCCCAUUUUCUCUCACGAAAAGAAGAUCUCGUGUAUCUUCCAUCGAAUUAUCACUACUCAAGUCAUUAUCGUGA